ACCUCUCUUCCUACUUCACUCGGAAUGGACCAGAUCAUGUCGUCGCUCGCCCCUCGUACUGGCGCGUCCAACAAGCCCGCCGCGGGAGGCUCUGGGGCAGCGUCGGGAGGCAGCGUCACGAAACGCCUGCAGAGUGAGUUGAUGACCCUCAUGAUGUCUGCGUCUCCCGGUAUCUCUGCAUUCCCGAGGUCGGACGCGAACCUGUAUGACUGGGUUGGGACGAUUGAUGGUCCUGCCGGCACGAUAUACUCGGGCCUAAAGUUCAAGAUCUCCAUAUCGUUCCCGCCAACGUACCCAAUGUCUCCACCGACCAUUAAGUUUGAUUCGGCGUGCUACCACCCGAAUGUUGACCUCGUAGGGGGCGGAAUCUGCCUUGACAUCCUGCAGGACAAAUGGUCGGCUGUUUACAGCGUACAGACAAUCCUGCUGUCGCUGCAAUCACUACUGGGAGAGCCGAACAACGCGUCUCCGCUCAACCCGGACGCGGCUGCCAUCUGGGAUUCGCCUGACCAGUUCAAGACACAGCUUAUGAAACAUUACCGCCCUAUCGUCGACGACGCCGAGUAGUCGCACACGGGUGACAGUUGUUCACAUCUAUGUCCCUUCCUCCAUGUAUCUCAUACUGUCGUAUCAUCGCAUGUUUCGCUAUCACUGUGCUGGACUAUGCAACCUGGAUCCUGUCUCCUUUCAUGUCCAAGCUCUUGUAUAUAGCUCCAAUCUGCCUGGGUCUGCG